AUGUUGGGGACCACUGCUCCAUUCUACACCCUCUCCCUCCCGUGUCUGUGGACGUGUACGCGGAAGAGCCGAGAUUGGAAGAGGAGCGCAGGAAGUGAGGACACCAGGGAGACCGGGCCUAAGCCUGGAGGCCCGCCCUCUCCCGCGUUCACAGUUGCGCAGUCAGAAUCGUGUGCGUCCCACCGCCUCAGCUCCCAGUUCUCCGACGCCCAGGUGCAGGUCCCCAUCCUACACACAAACACACGCAUCCAUGCUCGCGAGGCCCUCGGGUCCGCGCCCAGUGAGGCCAACAGCCCUCGGGCGCCCAGAGGAUGUGCAGCCUCGUUUCCGUUAAAUAUGAAACACAAACUGUCUCUCGUUGGGCUGUCCUGCCGAAGAAAGCUGCACCGAAUAAGUACGUGGCAGAUGGGGCUGUCGAACAGUGUCAAGACCAAGCUUCAUGGGUUCCUGGACGCUCAGCCAGGGGUAGUCUCCGAAGGGCCGCCUGGCAAUUGGGAGCAGAAGCCAGUUUCCCGCCAUCUCCUCUCCGUGGAGGCAGUGCCCUCGCGGCUGCUGCCGGUUGGGUUCCAGCUGAGGAAGGAGCGCGGAUCCCAGGCUCGUUCUUUGCCUGGGCUGCCCCUGUGGCCCCUGGGGCGGGGGCUGCUGCGGCGCCAGCUCCAAGGGCGGAUCCAGGCGGGAGGGGCCUCCUGGGAGAAGCGGGGCGCGGUCCCAACUACGCAGAGGCUCGCACGCCGACCCUCCACACCUCACUACGCCCCCAUCUCCGUCCGUGUACACACACUCACGCAAGCACGCCAACCCCACCUAGAUGCAAAGCAGGAUUCAAAAGAACAUCUUUGCGUUUUCUACCGGCUCCCCAUCGUCGUACUAGGGAGGAAGAAGCGGGUGAGAAACAAAACUUCUUUCCAUUGUCCUUCCCGUUUCUGCCGACUUGUUCUGAGGCCGAGGUUUUCAUUUUGCGCAGCUGGGCAGAGAUGCCAGCUUCUGUUGAUUAGCAGGCUUGGAGGGGGAUCACAGAAUCGCCGAACCUAA